CCUCCCGGAUCAUCAGCCUCGAGCUCAGCCUCAAUCAACAACAUAUGUGGUUGGUCUGGUGACUGAGGGCCUUCUUCAUUGGUGGGCUGAGAAACGGAACGGGUGGUGAAUGGAGAGCAUAGCAUGGCUCAAGCAUCGGAUUUCUCGGCUCAGAAGCUCAAGAGUCGCUUCAAAACGCUGUUACCGUUGAAGAAAGAGAUUCCGGCCAAUGCGGUGGCCGGAGCCCAGGUCACCUUCACGGAAGACGAGAUCCACAGCUUGGUGGCCAUUCAGACCAAGCCCACCCUUGAAGCUGAUCCGCCUCGAAGACGGCACCAUGGCCCUGGACUGCCACUCACCUCGAAUGUAGAAGCCGGCAACAUCUCCAUUGAUGAGAAAGUCGACGAUGAAGUCCUGGAGGAGAUUCCGCCCGAGUUCUUUGAGGCCAAUUUUGAUGCCACCAGUUUCGAGCUCAAGAGACUGUCCCAAUCCUUGGACCUGCAACAAAUCCAGAGCGAUCGCCAAAAGAUCCACCGACAAUUGAGCGUGGUGACUCAGCGGGUGUUUGCCGGGAUCCUGGAGAAACAAUCCAAAUGUCAGGCCGAGAUGACCAACAUAGACAAGAUCCACGGCCAACUCGCCGAGAGCCUCAAAGUGUGUGUGCAAGGCCGACACGGGCUGUCCCAAGCACGCGCUGAAUUCACGGGUUCUUCCCUAGGCGUAUUGGCCGCAUACCGACGACGUCAACAGACCCAGCAACUCCUCAACGACCUAAACAUCAUCCGUACCCUUCAAAAAACUGACGUUCGGCUGCAGGAGUUGCUCAAGGAGGACAACUUCCCCGGCGCCAUUCAGUUGCUGCUGGAAUGCCAACAAGUGGUGAGCACCUACAGCCAUUUCCAGGCCGUCAAGCAAUUGGCGGUCAAACUUCAAGACACGCUGGACUUGACUGAGGAGCACCUGGAUGUGGCCUUAUCCAAGGUGUGCGUGGGCUUCAACCCGCUCAUGUAUGAGCGCAUCCAUCAGGCCUACUGUCUACUGGGCAAGACUCAGAUCUCCAUGGAUCAGCUUCACAUGCACUUGACGUCCACCAUUCACAACAUGGCGUGGAACGUGGUCUACGGACAUGCCAUGUUGUCUCAGGAAGCCAACAUGAGUCUUGAUCUGUCCAAGCGACCCUACGCUGACCUUUGUGAUAGCAUCGCCACUUCCAGCGUGAUCCCGUGUCUCGUGGACCUGUGUCGAGCCUUGUGGUCCAUUAUGAACUCGUACAAGCAAUUGGUGGAUUGGCACGAGACCAAUCCCACUCCGAGCAACGCUUCGGAAAUGGAGCAACACUAUGUGGAGAAGAAGUUGUCCACGGGAAAGAUGAGGAUCUGGCAAGAUGUCCAGACCAAGACCAAAAUCUUUGUGUUGGCCAAUGACCUGUCCAGUCUUGGUAUGGACCAUUUCCUUGAGUUCAUGGAUGUUAUCCACAGGUUGAUCCAAGUUGGCCAUGAUUUCUGUGGAAGCAACUCGGACACUCUCCAAGAGUCCUUAAAGACUCAGUGUUGGAACUAUUUCCACAAUUACCAUCUCUCGCGACUUGAGGAGAUGACCAUGCAUUUCGAAAAUGAGGGCUGGGCCCAAUGCCCGGUCAAGCCUUCCUUCAAGGUCCAACAAUUGGUUGAGUAUCGACACUUGAAAAUCCUCGAAUUCACCGGACUUCCCACCAAUCUUACCUCGAUCAAACCCAUGACCUCCACUCCUGCGGCCACGCCCAGAAAGGCCUUUCGGAACAAGGUGCAGGAUCUCAACCUAGACCUGUCGCUCUCCUCACCGUUUGACUUCGAUUUUGGUGGCUCCCAUGACCCUGAAGAGACCUUCUUUCUGGAGGCCAACGGGAUUGGAGGUGAUGAAUUGGAGGUCUACUCGGAGGAAGAUGAUUCCGAUGCCGAAAUCGACGAGGCCCUGAAGCGGGAUUUUGUCGAUGAAGGCACUGGGGAAAUGGGAAAUCACGACCAUUCUAAAAGGACAAGCAAUCGAACUUCACAACGAAAAGGCCACGAUCCGCCCAUCCUCACCAACACGUCCUUAAUGAUUUUGAGGCUCUGUGGUAAAUACAUCCACCUCAUGAAGGCCUUAGAACCCAUCGCUUCCAACGUGUUCAUCUCCAUGAUGCAGUUAUUGGAGUACUACCUCUUCGUGGUAUUUAACUUCUUCACCAAAGACCUGUCCAGUGAUCUGAUGGCAAAAUUGACACACGAGGGUCUGAACGCGAUUCUGGAGAGAAUCGAUACCGACAUGGUACGUCGCGUAGUGGACAAACCGCCUCAGACCCCCAUCAUGUCGCCUAGUCCUUCCAAUCAGUCUCUGUCGGAAUCUCAAGUGGUAACUGGUAUCGUAGAUUUGCCUGAACUUUCGCCGACGGUGCAAAUGGACCAACCCGAAUCUCUGUUUGGCCUCCAAGAAAAAUUGGUGGCCGUCGAGUCUGCCGUGUACCUUGCCAAGCAAAUCCAGAGCCUCAAAGGAGACAUUCUCCAAUGUGUGACUAAUGACCAAAGAUCUUUGGUCGAUACCUACGAAUCUCAGACUUUAAUGAACGUGGUUGGGCUUCGACUUCCGGUGUACAUGACCUCCGUGCAAAUGGCCAUCAAUACCGACGUGAUUCUUCAGCUUAUGGCCAAGGUCGCUUGGGACAUCAAGGAUGUCAAAAGCCAGCACAGUCAGUAUGUCGAAGUUCUUCUACGAGAUUGCCAAAUGUUCAGCUUACGCCUCCAGGAGAUUCGGAAAAAUGUCCAUGUGUCUGGAGAUGUCCGGAAAGCCCUGUGGGAACUUUGCACUUUGUGCGCAUCCAAAAUCUUUGUGGAAGGAUUUUCUAGCGCUAAGAAGUGUUCCAAUGAGGGUCGAGCCCUCAUGCAAUUAGACUACCGACAGUUCCUCCUCAAAUUGGAAAACCUGUCCGAUCUGAAGCCCUUACCCUAUCAGGAUUACGUGUCCAACUACGUCAAAGCCUAUUACAUCCCUGAGAGCGACCUCGAGGCGUGGGUCAAGCAACACAAUAACGAAUACACCCCUAAACAAAUGGUGGCAUUGGUCAAUUGUGUGGCCUACAGCAACAAUCGGACAAAGCAAAAGUUGAACAAUAUGAUUAGUGAUCUCGGGACCCGGAUCCGAAGGGACAAACAUUAAAAAAAAACUGUGAUGCCAAGAGCGAUGUCAUUCAAUGUACUUUUCCACAUGAAAUAGAUCUAAGCAAGAGUGA